CACACACUCACACACAUGAUGGACUAACUGGCAUUUCCACAGUGCGUAGAUGCAUACACACACACACACACACACGAACGGACACACACAUAGAAAACGACUUGUUCCUCUGCAUCAGCGCUUGAUUGGACCUGUGACUCCAUUAACUCCACCCCGAGGAAAUAAAUAUAAGACCAGAAUCCGCUCUGGUUUGAGUGUCGGACCUUUGGACCUUCAGGAUGACUUGUGGGAACUAUUCCAUCGCUCACUGGGAAUAUCAUGUCAAACAUUUGUGGACUUUUUCCUCCUUGGAUUCAGUGGACGAGCUCACUGACAGGUUAUUCCUCUGCCAUGGAUAACCGAUGAGAAGAUGAAGGAUCUGUAUGUACUUCAGAUUUCAUAGAUUUCUUUUCAGUGUUGUGUGUCUGAGAUGAUCUCUGACACCUUCCACAGCAGUGAGGAGUUUCCUUUUUGUCAACAUGAAACUGAAACAUGAAUUCCUCUCCCGUGUGUCUGCUCUGGAGUCGGCUGUCACAUCUGUGUUUCACCCGACAUGGGGGGCUAAGUAGAAGGUACAUGUGCAGUGAGCGACAGCAGAGCAGUUCAGGGCACGAGCCAAAGGAGCACACACCCACCAGCAAGAGAGCAAGACUGCAUUAUUCAACGGAUCCUCUUCUCUACACUCCUCUGGGCCAGUGACUCACCCCCUCUGCACCUCCUCCUGAGCCAUUUAUUGCCAUGGAAACCCCGAGCCAGAAACGCACCAGCCGCGGUGCCGGCGGAACCCUCUCGCCCGCCCGCAUCACCAGGCUGCAGGAGAAGGAGGACCUGUGCAACCUCAACGACCGCCUGGCCGUGUACAUCGACAAGGUGCGCUCGCUGGAGUCUGAGAAUGCCGGGCUGCGGAUGCGCAUCACCGAGUCCGAGUCCAUGGUCACCCGGGACCUGUCGGGCAUGAAGGCCGCCUACGAGACGGAGCUGGCUGACGCCCGCAAGACCCUGGACCAGGUGGCGAGGGAGCGAGCUCGCCUGCAGCUGGAGCUCAGCAAGAUCAGGGAGGAGCAGAAGGAGCUGAAAGCCAGGAACAGUAAGAAGGAGUCGGACCUGGAGGCGGCUCUGGCCAGACUGAGGGACCUGGAGGCCUUGUUCAACUCUAAAGAUGCUUCACUCAACACCGCUCUGGGGGAGAAGCGGAACCUGGAGGUUGAGGUGAAGGACCUCAAGGCCCAGCUGGCAAAGUUGGACGGAAACUUGGCCGAUGCCAAGAGGCAACUGCAGGACGAGAUGCUGAGGAGAGUGGACGCCGAGAACCGCCUGCAGACCCUGAAGGAGGAGAUGGAGUUCCAGAAGAACAUCUACAGCGAGGAGUUGCGUGAAUCCAAGCGUCGCAUGGAGACUCGCAUGGUGGAGAUUGACGGCGGGCGGAUGGACUUCGAGAGCAAGCUGGCCGAGGCCCUGGCUGAGCUGCGAGCCCAGCACGAGGAGCAGGUCCGCAUCUACAAGGAGGAGCUGGAGAAGACCUACCUGUCCAAGCUGGAGAACGCCCGUCUGUCCGCUAACAGCAACAGCAACAUGGUGGGAGCCGCCCACGAGGAGCUGCAGCACACGCGUGUUCGCCUGGAGAGCAUGUCGGGACAGUUCAGCCUGCUGCAGAAACAGCUGUCGGCCAGCGAGGCCAAGGUGCGCGAGCUGGAGGAGGCUCUGACACGGGAGCGGGACCUGAUGAGGCGGCGCAUGGAGGACAAAGAGCGCGAGAUGGCUGAGAUCCGAGCCCGCAUGCAGCUGCAGCUGGAUGACUACCAGGAGCUGCUGGACAUCAAACUGGCCCUGGACAUGGAGAUCAGUGCGUACAGGAAGCUGCUGGAGGGAGAGGAGCAGAGGCUGCGUCUGUCUCCCAGUCCUCCAACCAUCAAGGUCUCCAUCGCUCGGACCUCCGGCUCAGGCCACAGCCACACCAGCCGCCUGCUCCAGUCGGCCACCGCCGCUUCCAGCAGCCGCAACUCCUCCGGCGCGGCCAGUUCCAAGAAGCGCCGCCUCAACGACAACGACAGCGAGACGUCCAGCAUGGCGGGCGGCGCCGUGACCAAGACCCGCCUCAGUCAGCACGCCUCCGCCAGCGGCCGCAUCACCGUGGACGAGGUCGACCUGGAGGGCAAGUUCAUCCGUCUGAGCAACAAGGCCGACGAGGAUCAGCCACUUGGCAACUGGCAGGUGAAGAGACAAGUCGGGAGCAGCACCCCGAUCGCCUACAAGUUCCCCCCGAAGUUCACCCUGAAGGCCGGAGGAGCCGUGACUAUCUGGGCUGCAUCUGGCGGCGGAACCCACAACCCUCCCACUGACCUGCUGUGGAAAACCCAGAACUCCUGGGGCACCGGCGACCUCCUGCAGACCAUCCUCAUCAGCGCCAACGGAGAGGAAAUGGCCAUGAGGAAAGUGACCCGCACCCUCUUCCGGGAAGACGAGGAAGAUGACGACAUGGGAGCUCACAGCACCAGCGGCGGGGAGAAUGAGUACAACCUGCGCAGCCGCACGGUGAUCUGCGACUCCUGUGGUCAGACGUCGGACCGCAGCGGGGGGGUGUGCAGCAGCGGGGGGGGUCUACCUGAAGGCCUCGUGGGACAUUCCUUCUUCAUGGGCAGCAAUGAUCCCAGACAGGCUCAUGGGAAGAACUGCUCCAUCAUGUAAAAACCCAGCAGCUCCUCACUUCAACCCUCCGCCUCCUGCAGCCGCUGUAGGAGAAUCAUUUUCUACCAUCGCUCCCCGAUGUGUCUUUAUUAUUAUUUUUACCUUUUUUUUAUUUUAUAUAUGAUCUUGUCUGAUUUUGUAUCCACAUUAAUCUGCAGGUUAGAUUUGCUUUGCGGUGUUUUCCGCUUUAGAAUUUUGUAUAUUCAAGUUACAUUAUUGCAUGUGUUCUGUGCUGAAGCUUGUACUGUAUCCUGCUUGACUUGCACGCUCUCUCUCACACACAGACACACACACACACACAGAGACACACACACACACACACACACAGACACACACACACACACACACACAGACACAGACACACACACAGCUCCAUCGACCAGUGCUUGUGCUUCGAUCCAAGCUGGGGUUUCACAUUUAAUGGCCAGGCUGUCAACACUCAACACGCACAGCUCGUGAACCCUGUCAGGAAUCCGUCUCCCCAGUGAAGUGAAUCCUGUGGGGGUUUGUUGUUAAUCAUGUUUAUCUCCCAGUAAAUGCAGCUAAUCUCUAUUCAAAGAUGCUGGUUAUGUUUACAGUUUAAAUAUAUUAUGCAUAGUAUUGUGGUGUAAGAAAGAUAAAGUAGCUACGGGGGUUAUUUUCUUGAAAGUUGUCCAAAGAAAGCCGACGUACUGUAAACUCAGGAUUUAGAUCAGAGCUUGUUUCUCCUUCUCCUGAAACUAACAUUUACAUCCGUGCAGCUGUUGUGUGCGCACAGAGAAAAAUAAUAGUUUGAGAUGAAUAUAUAUAUUUUUUCCGCUACAGAUAAAUGAAUUUGUAUUUUGUGUUUGCUGGAUAAGUGUCUCAGUGUCUCAGCUAGAAUGUACAUUUACAAUUCCAAAGAUUUUGAUAGAACAAAGUAGGACAAAUCAGGGGUCGGUGCAUCUUGAGUCGACUUUUCUUACGAUUCUGGUGCCAUACUUGCAGAAUAUAUUUAUAGUACUUCUCUUUAUUUAAACAAAUAGAAGUUUUUGUACUAGAGACCCGUUGCAGCUUUUCACACAGAGCAACGGUUGUAUUUGAAAACAUUUUCCCAAACUUUUUUUUUUAAACAGUGUAUAAAUAUAAAUGCACCUUCAUAGAACAGAAGGAAACACUCACAUGUUUCAGUCUUGUGACUCUCAGCCGUCCUCUGGUUUCUGUGGCUCCUAUCAACUGGUCAUAAGGGCUUCUUCUCUUUCCACUAAGCUUACUGGCUUUUUUUUUUUUUUUUUGCAAAUCCGCAGGCGUGACGUUGGGAUCCGAGUAAAAACUGUGGGGUUUGUGUACUUUGUGACUUUGGCUUUUUUUCCCGCACUGCUUUUAUUGAGGGUCUUGCCAACUAUGCACAGCAGUUAGAUUUAUACUGAAGUCUGGCAGCUUCAGUCAUUUGUACUCCAGAGAAAAGCAUAUCCAAGCAUUUAUGGAAAAUACUUGAUAGCUGCUUUUGGAUGUUUUUGUUUUUUUUGUACUUAGUAGAUGGUUCUUCUGCCAUUUAGAUGCUUUUUGUUACUUUAAGACAUUAUGACGCCAAAUGUGCCUUAAAAACGUCAACGACAAUCUUUAGAGAGCUCUGAAGAUAUUUAGCAUUUGGCCUCGGUGACACAGUAUUUGUUUCAUAUGUACAUGUAAAGCUACGAGUCAUGAUAACUGUAUGUAGCUGUGCUCAACUAUUACUCACUCGUCCCUGAACAGGGAAUGUAAAGUUCCUGGUUUUUCAGACUGACUGAUUAAAAACCAGUAAAAAAACAUUUGUCAGCAAUGUUAUUCCCAGUUAAUGAAGACCCAGGACCCUGAGUGUCUCGGGCCCAAACCACAGAUGUGUCAUAUGUGACUCAAGCACUUGAAAGGCCUUUAUAAAAAUCCUUGUGAGGCCUCAUGAAUCAUUUGAAGGACUCGAGGAUUUAAAUGUUGCCAAAAGGGAUUUCUUGUUACAAGUGUUUAAUGCCAAAGUUAUAAUUAGAUUGAAGUGGGAUUUGUGUCAGAUAAUGACUCUAUUGAGAUUAUGGAAAAAGCCAUGCAUUCAGUUGAUGUCAUGAAUGUCUUUUUGUUUUCUAAAAAUAAAAGAGUAAAACUCUUUUUUCUUCUU